AUUGGUCACAAAAGUUAGACAAGUUUUGGGAAGAUAAAUUAAGUAAACCAAGCUAAAGAAGAUGGUGCGCUACAAUGAUGAAAGCGUCAGCAUACUAUGGGAUCCCUGGAACUUCAGAGGACUAAUUAUUCUAAGCCUCAUGUUGCAGUCUUUCUUAAUUCUAUUUGCACCAUAUAGGAAACAAUGGAGGGGAGAUUCUGUUUUUAUGAGUUCACUAUGGAUGGCAUAUUUGCUUGCAGAUUGGGUUGCUUCAUUUACUAUUGGACUCAUCUACCAUGGUGAGAGUAAUGAUAUCCUGGCCCUAUGGGUACCCUUUCUUUUGUUACAUCUAGGUGGACCGGACACCAUUACUUCCUUCUCUCUGGAGGAUAAUGAGCUCUGGAUCAGGCACUUGCUUGCGCUCAUGGUGCAGCUUUGUCCCUCUGUCCUUGUUAUCGUUCAGUCAAUCAGACAUAACAAGCUUUUGCUCCCAACUCUCCUGGUGCUCAUUGUAGGAGUAAUCAAAUAUGCAGAGCGGAACAGAGCUUUGUAUCGUGCAAGCUUUGACCAUUAUGGAGAUAAUAUUCCAAAUGUUUCCUUUCUAGAAGAAACUGCAGCUAGUGAAUCUGAGACCGGGAGCCACUAUUUUGGAAUCAUGUUACGAAGGGAAUUGGGACCUUAUGGCACUAUCAAGAAUCUACUUGUUGGGCCUCUUCUAUCUCCAUAUCGGCGCAACUUGAGCAGAAGAGCCUUUCUUAGAAGACAGUCAGAAGACGUCCUCCGUGUAAUGGAGAUUGAGCUAAGCCUCUUGUAUGAAACUCUUUACACCAAGUUGCCCGUGGUUCAUUGUAAGAUUGGAUAUGUUGGCCGGGUCAUUAGUUUGGGUUGCUCCUUCGGAGCCUUGAUGUCAUUCAUGUCAAUUACAAAGCACUGCAACUUGGGGAAAGUCGAUGUCUGGCUAACCUAUAGUUUGUUGAUUUCGGCCAUAGCUUUGGAGUUCAUAUCCAUCGGACUGCUUUUUUCUUCAGAUUUAAAUUUACUGGAUCACUACUAUUGGCAAGGUAAUCGGAAGAUCAAAUUUCUGUACUGGAAAGUGGAGUUUGAUCGUAUGAGUACUGGAGUCAAGAACCGACGUAGGUGGUCCAAAAAAAUCUGCCAGCACAACCUUAUAGCCGAUCAUUUUAGUGAUUGUCCAGGUUGGUUGGUCAAAUUGGCUAAUUUUCUUUCCAUCAGGAUUAGUAAUUUGGAGGAUCGAACUUUAGGAGAUCAAGAAUGGCGCUUCAUUUUUUAUGAACUGACAAGGAAGGCUCAAAAAGCGGAGACGGUAGAAGCGGGCAAACGACUUUGUCUACAAAGAGGUGAUGGAAUUCUUGAUGAUUAUGAGAAUCUCAUCUGGAGCAUCAAGAAGUUAGAUUACACAGAAAGCCUUCUAACAUGGCACAUAGCCACUGAAAUCUACUUCCAAGUAGACCAGAAUACUGCAUCUGACAAUGUGGAUUAUAGAGCAAUAUCUAAAUUACUCUCUGAUUAUAUGUUCUACCUUCUAGCGUGGCAGUCCGCUAUGAUGGCCACCGUGUCCAUUGAUCGGAAAGAGUUUCAACUCCAGAAUUUUCAGUUAGAAUCUCAGGUUUUCAAGAGCACUUGCGACACCCGGGUUUACGUUCAGAAUGCCUUGUCUUGUGAUGGUCUGAUCGUGAAGUACGACAAGGAAAGUCCCAGGACCGAUCCCCGAGCGCCACAUCAUCUGGUUGGGCUGGAAGCUCGUCCUCGUCGUUUCCGUCGCAGUCUACGUCGUUGCUCUCCUCCUCCUCCAUUUUUCAGGCCGAUAUCGCCUCUCCGAACUCCUUAUCUAGCGCGAGGACGAGAUCUCGGGUUUUCUUAAAUAGCUACGACGGGUAUCCCAAGAUCGACUUCCUCUUCCUCUCCCGUCUGGACCUACCUCUUGAUUUUCCCUGGAGCACCUUCUUUGAGGUCUGUUUCUCUGUUUUCCAAAUUUGUGUGCAGUUCUCUGCAAAAAAAGGAAAGGAAUUUCUGCAGUUUCUUGGUAAAGCUAUAUGAAUUUCAGGAUCUGAAGUUGUUCGGUUUUUGCGGAAUGCUUAUGCUGGUAAUUUCUCUAUUAUAUACACCCUCGGAGCCUGGGUUUGUCUUUGAUUAAUUGAAUUCGGGCUCGCAAUUCUUUUAUGGUCGCCAAUUGAGUAAUAGCAUUAAAGUGAUCAAUUUUCGGCUUUGUAUUUUGAGUUUCAGAUAGUGGAAAGAAGGGAAUUAUAGUUUGGAGUUUUAAGUUUUUGUUGGUAGUGAAAGCAGGGAACUUUUUAAGAUUCAAAGUUGUAAUUUUUCUUCUAUUGUUGGUUGGUGGAUGGAAACUGAAAGGAUGAAUCAGAAACUUGUUAAGUUCAAUGGCAUAUCUGAUUUUGAGUUCGUACCCGCCAGUCUCUUAUUGCAGGUGAGAUGGGGAGAAUCAAGCAUGAUAGAAGUGGAGAGAUUGUUGCUUGCAGUUGCUCUAGAAGACCCAGCGAAUCAAAGAUUUGUCCUGCUUUCUGACAGGUUUGUAAAGCUUGGACAAGGAUUAGUAUUGUAAUUGAGGAAAUUUUCCUAUUCCUUGGAUCAAGAACAUUUUCUUUGAGUUCAUGUUAAUCUAGGUUUUUCUUUUUCUGUAUUGCAGUUGUGUUCCUCUUUACAAUUUUAGUUAUAUAUACAAGUAUCUGAUGGCUUCUCCAAGGAGCUAUAUGGACAGGUAGAUGGCAGCCUGCUUGAUUCUUGAGGUGCCUAUAAUUGAUUCUUUACAAUUGUUUCCAUGAUAAAUGAAAUGAUAGUGUUCUA